CCCCCCCCAGAGACAGUGGUAUAUAUUGUGUAUAUAGUAAUAGUGUAAUAAUAAAUGUGAUAAAUAGAGUAUUGCUGAGUGGGAGGACAGAAGAGCAUAAGGAAAACUGCAUAUAAUUAUAGAGAAUUUCUCUCUGCUGAUUGUGAGUAAAGGAAUGAGCAGUGUAAUUCCCCCGGGCAGGUACAGAGGCAGUAGGUGUGCGAGUAAUAUCCUGAUAUCAUGUCGGUUGUAUUUACCCUUCAGUUGUGUCUCUGCUCUGUUCCGCCCCAUUAACAAUGUCUCUGCCAACCCCCGAGCCCUCACUCCUCCUGCACUGACUGAAUGGGAGACUGAGCUGAGCGCAGAGACAACUGAGGGCAGAGACAACUGAGGGCAGAGACAACUGAGUGUAGAGACAACUGAGCGCAGAGAUAACUGAGGGCAGAGACAACUGAGGGCAGAGACAACUGAGUGUAGAGACAACUGAGCGCAGAGACAACUGAGGGCAGAGACUGAGCAGCAGGAGAUACAGAGAUAAUCAGGACAUGGCUGGGCUCAGGUUCCGAGUGGCUUUAGCCUUCUUGCUGAUUCUGGAGGCAACUGCUGUAACUGAGACCACCUCAGAAUCUCCUUCUACCACUGAGACCUCUAGCCUCAUAUCCACUACUACUACAACUGAGACCACUAGCCUCAUAUCCACUACUAGUACAACUGAGACCACUUCAGUAUCUCCUUCUACUACUGAGACCUCUAGCCUCAUAUCCACUACUACUACAACUGAGACCACAUCACCAUCUCCUUCUACCACUGAGACCUCUAGCCUCAUAUCCACUACUAGUACAACUGAGACCACUGAGACCACUAGCCUCACAACCACUGCUACUACUACAACUGAGACCACUUCAGUAUCUCCUACUAUCAUUGAGAUCACAGCCCCUACAACCCAUGCUUCUUCAGUUGAGACCACCUCAGUGUCUCCUUCUACCAUUGAGUUGACACCUACUACUUCAGUUGAGACCACUUUCCCAUCUGGACUUGAGACCACUUCAGUAGACGCUACAAACAAGAGCACUGCUGCCAUAGUCCCAACAAGUGAAACUGAAACAACAUCAGAAUCUACUACUGUAACUGAUAGCCUCAUAAUACGUACUACUAUAUCGGAGACCUCUUUGGCAUCUACAACAUUUGAGACCACUUCAUCUAAAAUACCUGAGAAAGCAACCCCAAGUGAAACAACUUCAGCAUCAACUUCAACUAUAACUCCUGAAACAUUUACUAUAACUAAGUUCACCACCCCUGUAGCACUUGCUUCAAAUGAGACCAUUUCAGUACCUACUACUUUCCCAUUUGUAAACAAUACUGUAGCUGAGACAACUCCAAUAUCUAAUGCAACAAGUGAUACAACUUUAAUGUCUAAUAUAAGUGAGACCCCUUCAACAUUUCCUACAGCUGUAAUUAAUACUACAAUCAUAGCUGCUACAAAUGAGACUUCUCUGGUGUAUACUACAAUACUGGAGACCUCCUCAGCAUUUACUAUAAAUGAAGGCAGCACUCUAGUACCCCCUGCUGAGACAACUGAGACUACUUUAGUAUCUGUGACGAAUGAGAGCAGUACCCUAGUACCAAUGUCUAAUGCAACAAGUGAUACAACUUUGCUAUCUACUAUAAGUGAGACCACAGUUCCUACAACCCAAAUUACAAUCACACCUGCUACAACACAGGAGACCUCUUCAGCAUCUUCUAUAAAUGACAGCAGCACUCUAGUACCCCCUUCUGAGACAAAUGGGACCACUUUGGUUUCCAUUAGAAAUGAGAGCACAACUCAAGAGCCCCUUACUUGGACAACUGAGACCACAUUAGCAUCUAUUAGAAAUGAGAGCACCACUCUAGAGCCCCUUACUUGGACAACUGAGACCACAUUAGCAUCUAUUAGAAAUGAGAGCACCACUCUAGAGCCCCUUACUUGGACAACAGAGACCACAUUAGCAUCUAUUAGAAAUGAGAGCACCACUCUAGAGCCCCUUACUUGGACAACUGAGACCACGUUAGCAUCUAUUAGAAAUGAGAGCACCACUCUAGAGCCCCUUACUUGGACAACAGAGACCACAUUAGCAUCUAUUAGAAAUGAGAGCACCACUCUAGAGCCCCUUACUUGGACAACUGAGACCACGUUAGCAUCUAUUAGAAAUGAGAGCACCACUCUAGAGCCCCUUACUUGGACAACUGAGACCACGUUAGCAUCUAUUACAAAUAAGAGCACCACUCUAGUAUCUUUUCCAGCAGAUACCACUACACCAACAACCACUAGUACAACUGAGACAAAUUCAUCAUCUCCUACCACAACUACACCAACCAUGACAACAACUCUUACAAGUUCAGCAUCUACAACUACUGCAACAGAGACCACCAUUCCAUAUUUCACAAACAAAGUCGUGCUGAAAGUCAAGUUGCAAGACUUAUUCAUAUACUCACCUUCAAGCUCACCCUCAGAAAGUGUAAUGCGGAAGUUUGUAAAUAAGAUCUGCUCCAGCUUCCCCUCAAAGCUACAGGCCGGAGGUAUUAGAUUCACCUGGAACGGCAUACAUCAGGACUGUGCUUCUGCUUCUGCUCUGAGUUAAUGAGAUCUCAGCACAAUGGCACUGCCUCCGUCUACACUUCUCAAGGACGACCAUCGGUGAUCAACCCAUCCUACAGAAUACCUGGGCCCCAACAAACAGCACGGACUCUGUAUAACAGACCAAAUGGAUCCUUCUACAUGAUAGUCAAUAUGGUCUCUAGAAACAAAAUGGACAAUGGAAAUGAGACAGAUGGACUUUAGGGUUUGUAGGUAUGGGGGCAAUGGGGGUCUUUGAAAAAACAGACAAUUUGAGAGUCAAAAUGGACAAAUAUGUCUCCUACAACCCUCACCUCUCCCACUUCAGUCUGCCUUAAGUUCUGAAGUUCUGCUAUUUUAAAAGAGACCAGGUCCCUCCUGUGAUGAAAUCUUUAUCAUGGUUUCCCAUUAACGUCUUCCCAUGACUUUCCCUUUCAUCUGCUCCUCUAAAAGCCACUGCCUGGGCACAUCCCCCAUUAACACUGCUGUUUCCCACCUUCUCCCUGGGAUCUCAUCCCUGAAUUCCUUCAGAGAGACAGAGAAGGUCUCUUCAUAACUAGACUCCAAGCCUCCAUCAAGACACCAGUGCUUCGCCCAUUGUAACCUGCAGCUCUUAUUAUGCUCAUAUUUGAUUGUAAGCCCUUUGGGGCAGAGGCCUCCCUCCCUCCUUCUUCUUAGCACUUAAUCUUGAAUGUAAUAGAAUUUUUGUAUUUAUUUAUUUUCUAUUAAUGUAUUAUUCUACUGUACAGCACUGUAUAUACAACUUGCUCUAUAUAAAUAAAUACACACACACACACACACACACACAACAACACAACCUAAACAUAUGCAACAAAUCCCGUAGAAGAACUCCUUAUUGGAUAAUAGAAAUCAACAAGAUCCAGUGAUAGACAUUUCUCUGUUGAUCUCUGUCGCCAUCUGAAGGUGAAUCUCGGAAGUGCAGGUGGUUAAACCACUGACUUGCUUAAAGGGAUAUUUCACUUUUCCAAAACUUGACUAAUUUUCUAAUAGUAUAGCAGAAAUAAUUCCGUUGAUUUGUCUUUUCUAUUUACUGUUCCUGUAAAAUUUAAGAAUAAAUCAGUUUCCUUUUAUUUGGCAUGAAAA